UGUAUUUUCUGCACGGCUCCGUAUAGUUAAGUCGCAGUUUCAUUCAGAACUCCAAAGUGAGAAGAUCAAUUUCAUUCUUCGUCUCUUGAGCUAAAUUGUCGUGACAAAUUAAACCACAAUGGCCAUUGAUUCCCCAAGUGAAGUGACUCCAUUGACUGUAUCCGGGUCCGAAGGUCGUGAGUUGGAGCGCGCGGGGCUCACGCGCCGGAGGAGACGCGGCCGUGUCCAUCAAGUAAAUGGACACAAUUUCAAAGCCACAACUCUCAAACAGCCAACAUUCUGCACCAAAUGCCGCGGAUUUAUCUGGGGAAUUGGCAAGCAAGGCUAUCAAUGCCAAGUUUGCACUUGCGUCGUUCACAAAAAGUGCCAUCGUGCCGUCAUUACAAAAUGCGUGGGGAUGGAAAGGGAGUUUUUUAUGUUUUAUAUGGAUUCAUUUUUGCAGCCAAAUGAUCAACAACAAAAUGAACAAGAACUUCCCCACAGUUUUGCCAUUCAUCACUACAAUCGGCCAACCUUCUGUGACCAUUGUGGAUCUCUUAUUUACGGAUUAAUGAAGCAGGGAAUGCAGUGCAAUGGGUGCAAGAUGAAUAUCCACAAGAGGUGCCAGAAGAAUGUGGGGCAUGACUGUGGCGCACGGACAGAAUAGGAGAGGAAUUCUCUUUUUGAAAUUAUUUUUAUACUACAAAAAAAAAGGAACUAAUCAAUGAAAAUUGAAGUAUUUUAACACGAGCAAAGCUCUCAGAAUUUGUCUUUAUUUUUUUGUGAAUGAAGAAAUUUUUAUAAUAUUUUUAUGAAAAAUUAACAUGUGUAACACAAAACUUUGUCGCAUAGUGUUGAUGAAGAAUGUGAAUAAAAGAAAAUCAAAGCCUCA